AUGUCAGACACAGUCAAAGAGAUAAGUGCUUUAGCUAGAGAAUUAAAGUCUCACUUGAAACAAUUCCCCAACUUCCCCAAAGAAGGCAUUCUUUUUGAGGAUUUUUUGCCACUAUUUGCUGACCCAACUUUGUUCAACAAAUUGAUCACCGCAUUCAAAUUGCACGUGGGGCACAAAAAAGUUGAUUAUGUUAUUGGUUUGGAAAGCAGAGGGUUUUUGUUUGGUCCUACUUUAGCCUUGGCCUUGAAUGCUGGGUUUAUUCCCGUGAGGAAACCAGGUAAGUUGCCAGGACCAACUUACCAAGUAGAGUUUCAGAAGGAGUAUGGUUCAGAUGUAUUUGAGCUUCAGGAAGACGUAAUUCCAAAAGGUGCCAAGGUUUUAAUUGUUGACGACAUCUUGGCAACAGGAGGAUCAGCAUACGGUGCAGGUGAGUUGGCUCUCAAAGCUGGUGCCGACAUUGUAGAGUUUUUAUUUGUCAUGGAGUUGGAUUUCUUGAAAGGAAGAGAUAGAUUGCAUGCUCCUGUAUUUACAUUGUUUGGAGGACAAGAGGAGAAGUAUAAAGAUUCAUAG